GUACUUGAAUAUCAGCUUGACAAAGCCACUGACCCUUGUGAAGAUUUCGGCGCCUACGUGUGCCGGAAGUGGUCACCGCGACGGGAGUUCGCCGGUUUGUCCCGCAGCAUGAUGUCGGACAUGAUCUUGUCCUGGCUCAGCAGGCUUCCAGACACGCUGACCAAAAGCGCCGCUCGGCUUCCCGUGGGAAGAAAGGCGGCUGCCAUGUUCAACAGCUGCGUCACGCAGGAUCGCUCUGGGGUCAAAGUCAUCAAGGACUUCAUGUAUGAGCACGGCCUCGCGUGGCCCGAAAAUCAGAACGGGCCCACAAAACCACUCGAGGCGCUGUUCGACCUUUCCUUCAACUGGAGGGUGCACCUUUGGCUGAGGCUCAAUGUGCUCGCCAUUUCUCGAAACUACAAUCGGAGGCUCAUAACUGUUUCUCCUAACGAUAUACUAGCCCUGUGGUGGCAAGUGUUUAGGCAGAUACCGGAAGAGCGCUUCAAGACUGUUUAUACAGCAUUCUAUGCUAUGUUUGCCAAAGACACCACGAUUCGCCCGCGCGACCAGGAGAUCAGUAAGACGCAAAAAGGACUGAAAAUUAUUUUCAAUACCUUCCUUCCUUCAGGAAGGUGGAACGCUCGCACGCCAAGUCUCUCCUCGCUGCGAGAACUCGACAGCCACUCUUUUAAGCCCAUGGGCGAGGAAUUUAUGCGCAGCCUGAACUCGGCACUGCGAAUCGACCCGCCGGUAACCAUGGACGACUUGGUGCUUAUGAGCGACGACGCCAUCCUCGAGGGCACAUUCGCGCUCAUCGCCAACCACAGCGAACGCGCCGUUAUCAAUCAUCUGUCGUGGCUGUUUAUGCAGGCUUGCGCGGUAGUGGCUGACCCAGCGAGGGUUCUUGUCGUCCUGCACGGAGACAAGCGCCACGCGGUGGAGCAGCGGCCGCGCUUCUGCGCCAGGCAGGUUGAAGACAGCUACAAGCUGAUGGUGUCUGCUAUGGCGUCCGUGGCCCAUUUCAAUGAUGAUGAGCGCCGGCGCAUCGACGCGUUCCUGGCCGAAAUCAGGCAGAUGGCCCUCAACAAGACCUUGGCUGUCACGUGGCUCGACAAUGCGACCUCUCAGCUCGCUGCCAAGAAGCUGAAGAACGUGGAAGCCGUGCUGUGGCCGGCCGAGAAAUUCCUCACCGCGAGAGGCCUCCACAACGCCUACGCGCAGUUUCCCGAGAGCGGCGCAUCGUUCGCCAAUUUCUGGGUCGAGUCCCGCCGCCGCCAACGUAGUCUGUUCGGCACCGAGGCCGGAGUGGAGGAGCAGCGUAUCAGCGACAGCAUGGCACCACCGUACGUGGAGUACGUGCACGGGCUGAACAAGCUCUCGCUCUCUAUCGGAGCGCUGGCACCGCCGCUGUACUACCCGCAUGGCACUAAAGCCAUGCUUUACGGAGGCCUCGGGUACUUCUACGCGAAGGGACUUGUCGAGGCGAUCGACGACGAUGGCAUUAGGGUGGACCCGGCAGGCAAGAUUGGGUCCUCGUGGUUAGGCGAGGCUGCAGAAGCCGCCUUCAUGCAGCGUACGUUUGGUUGUUUGCCGGGGAACGCCAGAGUGUUUCCCCAGAUACCGGCGAUCGAGCUGGCCUUCGCCGCGUUCAAGCGUCACCCCGCUGAGAACAACAUGCAAAUUUCAGAGGAAUUGACGGAAGAGAAGGUAUUCUUCAUCAGCGUCUGCCUCCUUUCGUGCAGGAGCACGUCCCCGGAUGGUCCGUUUGGCAGCGACUGCAACAAGGCGGUCAUGAAUUUCGCCCCGUUUGCAGAAGCCUUCAGUUGUCCACCGGGUUCAAGGAUGAAUCUGCCAAAGACGUGCACAUUUUUCGAUAGAUAAUUUGACAUUCUUCUCCAAUUAUCUGGCGCACUUUUUGCAAAAUGAUGCAUGUCAGUUCCAAGUCUUGCUGUGAUUAUUUUUUGCAAGUAUUUGUUACCCUGUAACUUUUGUUUUAAGGCUACCAAACAGCGAUAACCUGCGUCGUUGCCGUAAGGCAAGUUUCCUUUUGCCCACUGUGGAUUUCAACUUGCCUAUUUGCACUUCUCUUUUAUAACACUUUGCAUAACUCUCUCACCCGCUUUGCCUAUUUUCAGUGAAACGUAACACAAUUUAAAUGACAUCAUUUUAAAAUCGCACUGUCAUAUUUACUAUAGUUUGUGUUAACAAUAAUGCCUGGCUCUGAAAAUGGUGCUUAAUUAUUUCUACUGAAAAUGAAGAAACAGAAAUAUUAUAAACCUUAUUUACAAACACUGUUUUCUUCGAACUGUGACGCUGUUGCUCAUGAUCUGUUAGCAGGAGAAGCCACUCUGUAAAUUCAUACCAUCACCGCAACCCUGGUCCACACCGGCUGCGUGUCGCAAAAUAAUAAAUCAAA